GGAGAUUCCCAAGAGCCAAGUAUAAUAUUUAGGUCAUAAGAUAAACGACAUUUUGUGCGGAUGCCAACUCUCUCUGUCUUGGUGGGUGUCGCUGAUUUGAAAGUCUUAAAGUACACGGUAUUGUCCUCUUAUUUUACCAACAUUGUCGUGAGACAGGAGACUUGCUCCGUCACAUCAGCGCUACAUUGUUUCACUUGGGUAAGCUAGCUGUCACAUCUCCCACCGCCGAAGAGCAUUCCCGUCUCUAUUCUAAAAUAACACGCUAAGGCAUCAACCCAUCCCGAGGUUCCCAUCUGAUGGAGCAGUUGUUAGUGUCUGCAGAGAGGCACCAUGUUCCCUUGUCAUGUAAGCGCCUGGCCCUCCGCUGAGCCCGCCGCCAGCUCCCGCGGCGGUCAUGUUCCAAUGACGCAGCCCUCGAAGCUGCUCCCCGAUCUGCUGUGCAGCUGUCCCCCACCGCCGCUGAGCGCCCACUCUGAGACGCCCUCACCAGACCCCAUGGACUCCCUCAUCGUUGUCACAGAGUGCGAACCCAGCAGCCGAGCGUCUGGAGGGCAAGGGGAUGAGGAGGAGGUGGAGGAAAUGGACAGUUCUGAAACGCCGCCCUUCCCCACCCAGUCUUGUGACCUGCUCUCCCACACGGCGCGUCGCUCAGAGGCCCUUCUGCCCGCCGGCGAGGAGCAGAGAGCGCGCUUGAGUCUGUCGGACAGGAAGCUGUCGCUGCAGGAGCGCUCGCACACGACCACGUCACCCUGCGGGUCGCCGGGACUCAAUGGCCGCUACAUUUACCCGUCUUUACCUUACUCCCCUAUCACAUCGCCCCACUCUUCUCCACGUUUACCCCGCCGGCCCACCGUGGAAUCCCACAGCGUCUCCAUCACGGACCUCCAGGACUGCGUUCAGCUCAACCAGUACAAGCUGAAAGACGAGAUUGGAAAGGGCUCCUAUGGGGUUGUCAAGCUGGCUUACAACGAAGACGACGACACGUACUAUGCCAUGAAGGUUCUGUCCAAGAAGCGGCUGAUGCGGCAGGCGGGCUUCCCACGACGACCCCCUCCUCGCGGAGCCAAGGCGGACCCCGAGGGCCCCCCGCAACCUAAAGGCCCCCUGGAACGGGUCUACCAGGAGAUCGCCAUACUGAAGAAGUUGGACCAUCCUAAUGUGGUGAAGCUAGUAGAGGUUUUGGAUGACCCCAGUGAGGACCAUCUGUACAUGGUGUUUGAGCUGGUCAAACAAGGGGCGGUGAUGGAGGUGCCGACAGAUAAACCCUUCAGCGAGGACCAGGCUCGCUUUUAUUUCCAGGAUCUGCUCAGGGGAAUUGAGUAUUUACAUUAUCAGAGGAUCAUCCACAGAGACGUGAAGCCCUCCAACCUGCUGGUGGGUGAGGACGGACACAUCAAAAUCGCCGACUUCGGCGUCAGCAACCAGUUUGAGGGGGCUGACGCCCUCCUGACGAGCACCGUGGGGACUCCCGCCUUCCUCGCCCCCGAGACGCUGUCAGAGACCAGGAAGAACUUCUCCGGCAAGGCUUUGGAUGUUUGGGCCAUGGGUGUGACGCUGUAUUGCUUUGUCUUUGGAGUGUGUCCAUUUAUGGAUGAGCGCAUCCUCAGCCUGCAUCAGAAAAUCAAAACGCUGCCAGUGGAGCUACCAGAACAUGCCGACAUAUCAGAUGACCUCAAAGAUUUGUUGCUGAAAAUGUUGGACAAGAAUCCAGAGAGCAGAAUAUCCAUUCCACAGAUGAAGGUGCACCCGUGGGUGACCCGGCACGGCGCCGAGCCCCUCCCUCCGGAAGACGACGCCUGCUGUAUGCUUAUUGAGGUGACGGAGGAGGAAGUGGAGAAUUCCGUCAAACACAUCCCCAGCCUGGCCACAGUGAUCCUGGUGAGAACCAUGUUGAGGAAGCGCUCCUUCGGGAACCCCUUCGACUGGGGUCGUAAAGAAGGUUGUGGCAGCUUACAGACGUAAGGACUUUACGCCGCAAACAGAAAAGAAACAGCAGCCUGGCGACAGCACGAGGAGCGUGGAUCUUCCUUAUGUGGGAGAAGACGAAGCUCUUUCCUGAUGCGCCAGGUUGGAUUUAUCCUUUAUUCCCGCCACGCCGACACCCCUUUACUUUUCUACUGUUCAACUCACACCUACUGUACUGUACUGUACUGUACGCUGCCUAUAUGUGGAAAUGGCAUGGCCGUGUGGGGGGACAAGGACAUUUAAGGACAUCGUCUCCUUCUACGAGACUGUGGGAACAUUCCAGGAGGAGAGGCUCCUCCUCCUCCUUGUCCUAUCUUUGCAUGCUUCUCUGGUGUUAGCAUGCUCAGUCUCAGGCGUCCACUCCGUGUUCCGCCGUAGUCUGGUCUCCUUUUUGACAACACUUUCAGGUACGACAACAGCACACACUUUAUGAAGUCAGGGAGGACCUUCUCAGUCUUCAUCACUUUUAAGUACGACAAAAAAAAAAACUCAACCGUUUCCCCGCUUGUGUCCCAUCUUGUAAUAUAUUUGAUUUCAAAGGACGCUAAAAAAAACAAAAAGGGAUGGACUGUUUACUGAGUGCACGUGUUCUGGUGACUUUAUAAGCUAUUUGAACCUUUUUACGAAGAAUAGAAAGCUUUAAUGAAGGUGUAGUGCUUUGUGAACAAUCACACCCCAUCACUCCAACAUGCUAGGUGAACAUUCUUAAUCUUUUGCAAGGUGCUUCUGGUGAAUCUUUAAAGAGUCCCUGACAUGAUUGAUCAACUUUGCUUAUAUAUGCAUCCAUUUUCUAUACCGUUUAUUCUCAUGAGGGUGGCAGGCAUGCUGGAGCCUAUCCCAAUAUUGCUUAUUUAUUUGUAAUUACCGUCUACAUUGUUACAUUUUUGAAAGAAAACAGUAAAUUGUCAAAAAUGACAUUUAUAGUGCAACACAUGAUGAGUUCGCUUGCUGUUCAGCCUCCUUUCCAGAAGUGACAUCUGCUAAAGCGUAAACAAUAGCAUCUCGAAGUAUAGCUAGUUGACUUGGUUCGGUAUAUUUUUGAUAGAAAUAGUAGUCAUAUGAAAAUGUUGUGUUGCUGCUGGAUGUUCAACGUAUUUAAGUGAUACUGUAAGUUUGUUUGUUUCACAAAAGUGGAAGGUUUAAAAAGGUAAAUGUUAAAAAAUCACUUGCAUAGUGCUUUUCCACCUCCAUUUAUUUACUGAUGACGACUGAUCAGGAGGAACUGGAGGUUCAGUAUCUUUGCCCAAGGAUACUUUCAUUUUGAAAAAGAAUACUAUUCGUCGUGUUAACAUUCCGAUACCAAUCUUUAUCUCCAUGUCUUAAGGCUUAAGUCCAUCUUCUGCCAAAUGUUUCUUCCUCCUCCAUCCAUCCAUCCAUUUUCCUCCGCUUACCCGGGUCCGGGUCGCGGGGGCAGCAGUCUUAGUAGGGAAGCCCAGACUUCCUGGUCCCCGGCCACCUCCUCCAGCUCCACCGGGAGGACACCAAGGCGUUCCCAGGCCAGCUGUGAGACAUAGUCCCUCCAGCGUGUCCUAGGUCUGCCCCUGGGCCUUUUCCCGGCUGGGCAUGCCCGGAACACCUCACCAGGGAGGCGUCCGGGAGGCAUGAGCCAGAUUUGGCCGCCGAAGACCAGGUCGCCCAUGCACCCGCCCUUGACCACCACCCAACACACAAUGCACCGGACCCUUAUGCUUGCCCCCGUAGGUGGUGGGUCUACGAGGGGGUUCUUCCUCCUCGAAAACUAGUAACACAUCGAUGUCGGCUACGAUGACUGUGUCACCGCCAUGACGUCACUUCCUGAAAUGAUUCCUGCCGCGAUGUAGAACAUAAUUACAGCUAAUACUGUAUAUAACAUAUUUUAGCAAAGCUGAUCAAUCAUGUCAAUAAGUAACAUCACCCCAUGAAGGUAUAAUCGAUAGCUGGUCUUUGUAUUCCUCCUAACUUCUCUUCUCCAAUCUCCAGGUGAAAAUACGUUUUGUGUCGUUUAUGUUCAGAAGGCACUGAUCUUGUUUGCAAAGACACCAAAAAAGCUGAAUUUUAUAUGUAAAGAACCUUUAAAUACAUUUUGAUGAGGGAUUUUUUUGUACAAAUCUAUGCAUGACAUAUCUAAAAAAAAAUAAAAUGUAGAGAAAAGAUGUGCCAUGUGGAGGCGGACUUUCCAACCAACUUCUUCUUUUCAAGUUCAUCACAGCAGUUCAUCACCGGAGGUGUCUAAUCAACAUGCUAGAAUAUUGAUCAUAUAAUCAAUGCUUCCACACAGCCGCUACUGUACGUCAGCACUGCUUGAUGUUGAAUGUAUACAAAAAAGGGAUUUUUAUUUAAGUUUCUUGCACAUUUCUCCACCCUCCAUUUGUCUUGUUCUUGUUUAAGAUGAGAACUAUGCAUUCCUCUUUCUUUUCUUCCUUUAAUCAUUAUUUUAGUGCACCUACAAGGAAUAUUACAAGGGGUAGAUCUAAAAAUAAUAAUUUGGAUAUAUAUAUUUUUUAACCUGGGGGGAAAAAGUUGUCGUACAAGAACAAAAAAUUCAUGAGAAAAAUAUAUAUAAAAUCUAAAAUUUUACAUUAUAAUAAAUAUUAUAUAUAAUAUAUAAAUAUAUAUUAAAAUUAUAAUUAUAUAUUAGUUGGUAUUAUUUAUUUAUUAUAAUUUUUUAAAAUAUUUUUAUUAUAUAAACUUUUUAAAAAGAAAACACAUCUGAAUCUUACCAGAAUAUAGUUGGGAUCUUAAGGAAUAAGAAGUUGUAAUAUUGAAUACUAAUAGUAGACGUAAAGAGGAAAAAAGGUCACUUUUACAAGAAUAAAGUUGUAUUAUGAGAAUAAAGUCAUAAUAUUAUCAAGUAAAAAAAAGUUUUAAUCUCAUGAGAAUAAAGUGGUAAUGUCAUGUGAAAACUUUUUCACAGUAAUACUUUUAAUACUUUAAUGGAAUCCUUCACUUUCCAAAGUCACAACAAUAAAGUCAAGGAGUUUUCAAAAUAUUUUCACCUAAAACCCACAUUACCACAUUAGACGUUAGCAAUGCUGUAGAAAAAAGAGAAAAACGCUAAAAUGCUAAAGCUACUUACCAUGGAGAGACGUCUUGAAGUAACUUGGGACUAUCCAGUCUCUUCUUCCGGAUCGGAUUCGGGAUCCAACACAUACAGCUGUAUGCUUAAAAAGAUAAACUCCUAUACUGUUUAUCAACUAUAAAAGUUGGCCUCACACCUAGCAGCACAAGACCAGACGUCCUCCUGAGCACUUGGGCGCAUGGAAUAAAUUCAUUGUGGAAUAAAUUAAUUGGUGGAAUAAAUUAAAACAGACUGUUUUCGCGGAAAUAGGUGCAGAUUCCGUAAGAUCUAUAGGAACUGCUCUAUAGGAGUCCACAACUCAAUACAAAGGGACAAAAAAUAAUCAUAAUAGGUCCUGCUUUAUUUUACCAGAAUAUAAUACUUUGACAAUACUAAUUUUAUGUGAAUAUCGUCCUAAUUUUAAUUUUCCAAACUCAAAAUAUUACAGUAAUAAAGUAGUGAAGUUAUGAGAAACUUACUCAUUUUUAAUUCCCCCCCCCCGACCUGUUGCUCCUUGGUAGAGCACAAAAAGAGUGAGAAUAUGCAAAAAUAAAAAUAAUAAUAAUAAUAAUAAUAAAUAAAACGAGAUGAUAUUGAUGUGAUAUUCCAAAUAGGCUGCACAAGCUGGCCGUGGUUAUUUCAAUCUUGGACUGAGGUGAAGGUAAAACAAUUGAAUGUUUCAAUUGCUGGAUCAGUAUUUUCAUUUCCAUACAUUUACCAAUCAGAUAUUCAUGUUGACCUGCUGUACUGUAUGUAUGAUAUUUAUAUACUGUAUAAUCCUACGUCACAAUGCAUGCCAAACACACACAAACACACACUGUAUUGUCACAGCAUGCGACACAAAUAUACAUACUUACUAUCUUCUUCAAGGGUUGAAUAAAAACAUGACUAUAUUGGAGACAUUUUUCAUGUGAAUAUUUCUUCUCAUUAGGAUCGGACGAUUUCCAUAAAAACAAAAAAAAACCCAAAAAACAUGAUCAGCACUCCAAUCCGUGCCAGUGUGUUUGAUCACUCCCUUCAAACCUCAUGCUCCACUUCUUUACACGCGUUGAUUAGCUGUUGAUGAUUGCUGCUAACUAGCUAGCUAUACAGAAUUAUCCGCCUAGCUUCUGGGCUUCGGAUUCCAAAUGUGACUUUUUACCACAGAGACCUUUUGUUUUUAAAACAAACAAGCAAUGCGGUUAGUUUGGAGCAGUUUUUUGUCCCACUGGGGAGUGGAUAUCACAUCCAUAGGCUUACGUACCUGUCACUGUGCAAUUUAACUAUCUUGUUGACAUGAUACUGAUUAUAUCUUUACUUGUUUUGUCUUCUUAUUUUGUCGCACAGAAAUGUUUCAUAUCAUCAAACAAAUGUAAAUAUUAGUGACAACACAACUGAACACAAAAUGCAGUACUUAGUUGUUAUUAUUAAGGGAGGAAAAAAAAUCCAAAUUACAUGACCCUGUGUGAAAAAUGUAUUGCCCUUCCUUAAUAAAACAUAACUUAAUUGUGAAUUAUCAGUGUGGAAAAGUUUAUAAAGCCAUUUUCUCGAGCUUUGGGACUCCAGCAAACCACAGUGAGAGCCAGUAUCAUCAAGUGGCAAAAACAUGAAUCAGUGAUGAAUUCCCAUUAGUGGUUGGCCAUCCAAAAUAACCCCAAGAGCGCAUCGAUGACUCAUCCAACAGGUCACAAAAGACCCUACAACAGCAUCCACCAUGAUCCCCAAGACCUUUGAGAAAAUACUCUGUGGUCUGAGUUGAAAAAAGUUGAACUUUUUUGAACAGUAAAAUAUGGCGGUGGUAGUGUGAUGGUCUGGGGCUGUUUUGCUGCUAAAGGAGAAUGUCCGACCAUCUGUCGGUGACCUCAAACUGCAGCAGGACCAUGAUACAAAAACACACCAGCAGGUCCAAAAUUCCCCCACGGCUGUAAGAGACUCAUUGCAAGUUAUCACAAACCCUUGAUUGCAGUUGUUGCUGCUAAGGGUGGCCCAACCACUUAGUAUUAACUGUAGGUGGGAAUCACUUUUUCACACUGGGCCAUGUAUAGCUUUGGAUUUUUAUUCAUUUUAUUCAUUUAAAAACAGUAUUUUGUGUUCAGUUGUGUUUUAGUGUAACGAAAAUAAGAAAUCAGGAAGGGCCCUGUGCAACUAAAUCAAUUACCCUAAAUCAACAGAAAAAUGUACAGUUGAUCUAUAUGGGAUCCAUGUGGGAUCCCUACUUGCAGACAACAUAUGAAGAAAGUAUUCAUUGCAAACACAAACACAUGCUUUUAUUCAUGGAGUUGCCCUUUUAUUGUAUUUCAGUUCUACUUGAGCUUUUUCAAUUUUCACUCUCGUCAAAGCCCUUUUUGUUUCACCUUCUGUACAUGCCCCCCCCCCCUCCCAAAAAAAAGGUAUAAAGGUAUUAGGGAUGGGCAUAAUCAUUGAUUCAAUCAGAGGGAUGUUUUGGGACCUAAGGGUAAGAAAAAUAAUAAUACAGUCGUCCCUCGGUUCUCCUAUUCUGUCUGGAAGUGGUAAGUGGCAUCUUACUUUGUCCAGCUUCCCUACUCCGUUUGAAACCCUUUCUGAAGGGGCUAACUGGUUAGCUCGCUAGCUUGUUAGCUUGCGAGCUAUCGGCCAUCUGGAGCAUAAAAGUUGUGCAAUCCGGAGUAAACACUGAAAAAUAGGAGUCUAAUAGUGACUAUAGGGGUGUUAUGUCACGUCUACAGGGCUCUGAUAAAGUAAAAAAAAAUUAUUUCAACUCUGAACCCCUGACAUCACUUCCUGUCCCCCGUCAAUUCUGCUCCCCUCUAAGGUUAACUGCCUUAAAUGGCUUUUCUUGAUUAUGUCUACUAUAUUGGAAGUGUAAAGGUGACUAUAGGGGUGUUAUUUCAUGUCUAGAAGGCUCUAAUCAGGUUUAAAAAACACAUUAGUAGGUGUUCUAUGCCAUAACUAUCAACACAUUCCAUUUAUAAAUAAGGAGUCCUACUUGGUGAACGUCAUCGUCACGGCCAGGUCCGGAAAUAAUUAAGUGCCAUAAAUGAGGGAUAACUGUACAUCAAAAUCAAUGUCAUGUUAUCAAUUAGUGAGAUCAAGGCUGUAAUAACCUCACAGUAAAUAUUCCAUUUUGGGGGAAAAGCUUAUUUUUGAACCUAGAAAUGAUUACAGAAACUUACAUCUUAAUAUCUGAACCUGUUAUAACAAUCCGGGGUGGUGAAGAUUAACAACAAUAUACUGUAUAUCUAUUUCAUAUGCAUCAUAUGUAUGGUAUAUUUUAUAGAAGAUGUACAGACCAGUCUAAAGUUUUAGAACACUCCUAUUAUUUUGGAGGAAAAACAACAUUUUUAGUGUUAAGAUGGUUUAGUUCUCUUCCAUUGUGACUUACCGCUUUUAACUUACACCUUUGUACCAUUUCAAGCUCUCCAUUGGACUUGAACCUCUUUAAUUUACAUACAUUGUAGUAAUACGUUUUAGGGAAAAAAUUGCAUAUUUUGUUUAUGUUCAGGCAGAAAUAAAAUAUUAAAAAGACUAUCUGGUGUUGAAAAGAUGCGGUGAAAGUGGGACAAAUAUAUAUAUAUAUUACAUUUUUAUAUGAGAGGCCAUUUUAGGAGAUAAAUGUAAGGAAUUAUGAUAAAUCUGAUAACAUUAAAAAGAGUUCCGAAAAAAAAUAGAAUA